AGCAAAGUGAUGUUCAAGUGCCGCCUAAGCAGUGAACACACAGCGUCCGCACUUUAUGGUGCCUUUUUCAUGGCGACGGAAGCAUCGGACGUGGACGACCUGGUGGAUGUCUGCAUCAUAGGCGCCGGCCUGGCGGCUCUGACGGCAGCGGAACGUCUGAGAUCCGCCGGUCUUCGAUGCACGUUGCUCGAAGGUGCCAGUGCACCUGGAGGACGAUUGCGUGGACGUGACUUUUGUGGUCGCUGGGUGGAGGAAGGAGCCAACUGGGUGCAAGGCUUGGGCCAGAAUCCCAUUUGGAGGAGAGUUCAGGAGCGUGGGUUGCAAGGGCGCUUAGAAGAAGAUGAUGCAGAGGUGGAAGGGAGGAUGCAACUUCGUAGCUUGGGAGCGGCUGGACCGGAAGAUCUGACCAAAGAAGCUUUGAAGCGCUUCAAGGCUUUUGAGGAAGCCAUGGAUCGUGUAGAGGAGGGUGACAGUGAUGGAGAAGACCUGGAUUUGGCUCAUGCACUGGCAGAAGGAGGCUGGACUCCGAAAGAUGCCAUGGACCUGGCGGUGGAGUACGUCGAGGCUCCAAGACGAUCUCCGUGAAGCACAACGUCCAUGGCGAGUACACUUGGGAGGACUUCAGCCCAGACUCCUUCUUUGUCGACGACCCCAAGGGCUUGUCCUCGAUUUGCUCUGUGCCCACAGGC